AUGUCAGUAAUCGUUGAAAAUAAUGAACUUCCUAUUACUGAGAUUCCAACAAUUUUAACAGCCAAUGUUCCUACUAAAGAAAAUGCUUCUGAACCUUCCGAUGCUUAUGAUAAUCAAGCUGAUGAAUAUGACUAUAUUGAUUAUGCCUCAAACUAUGAAAGUGAUCAUGAAAAGCUAAGCAAACAGGAAGAAAAUGCUUUAACCGAAGAAAAGAAAGUUGAUGAUAUUGUAAUUACCAAUUCCAACGAAAAAGAUCAAACUUCAAUUACAAAAUCAAGACGUGAUAAUUCAAGUCGUACUUCUAAAAAGGAAGAAACAAUUAUUGAAUCUGUAGAUCAGGUUAAGAUAGAACCUAAUUCCUGUGCAGAGGAAAUUUUCGUUGAUAUUUCCGAAGAUAAAAAAGAACUCGAUGAAGCAACUGAAACAGACAACAAACUUGACCCCAAUGAAGAAGAAUUUCCGAGCGAAAGUACCUCCGAUAAGUCCGAGGAUAAUUCCGGUGAGAGCAAACUAGGUAAAUCUUUGGAGAAAAAUGUUAAUGAAUUUGUAGAAAAUCCUUUAUUAGAUAGUUACUCAGAAGAAUCUGAAGAUAAAUCUGGUGAUAAUAAUGAAAUUAAAAUUAUGGACGAGAAUAAUGAUAACAGAAUGGUAGGGAAUCUUUCAGAAAAUAUUCCAGAAUCUAUUUUUGAUAAAUUAGAAAAUAAGAAAUUGGUUGUUAUUAAUUCCAAUACUAUUAUUUCUAAUACGAGUCAAGACUAUGUUACAAAUACUUUAUCUGAGGAAAAUAUUCCAUUAUAUAAUGAUAAUAGAGAAAAUUUGCAAAUUGUUCCAGAAGAUCAUGAAACGGAAAUUUUACCAAAUAAUGCCAAUUUCUCUUCAUUUUCUUCUGAAGAUAAACAAAGCGAAAGAGGUUCAAUGAGUGAACUUUUUACUUCAAAAUCUAGUAGUAUUUCUUCUACCUUAAUACAUCAAUCUAUCGAUUUUACAAGUGGGAGAGAAAAUGAAAAUCCUGAAAAUAUAAUUGAUUACAAAAAUUCUAAAAAUCGUAUAUCCAUAGCUUCUCUUGGAGAGAAUCCCGAAUUAAGUGAUAUUUCUUUAGAUGAUGAAUCUCUAGUUGCACAAGAGUCAUCUAAAGAAUGGAAUUUAUCGGAUUGGGGUUUCCCAAGAACUCCCACUUCGUUAAAAUCAAUUUCAACAUUUUUUAAUCCACGUUCAACCACUUCUACUGUUACUUCAACCUCACCAAAAAGUACCAGUAGCGGUGAACAAAAUGAUCCCCAUCGUAUGUCAAAUGUAUCAAUGACGUCUACUGGUUCUACUGGUUCUAAUUAUGAUUUAUUAUUAGCAAGACUUGAAAGGGAAAAUCAAAUGUUACAAGAAGAUCCAAAGGCAAAGAGGAUGUCUCUUCAAGGAAUUGCCGACAUAAAGGCUAGUUUUGAACGUGUGCAACAUGAAGCUAACGGGGGUCAAAUUGACGAUGACAUUGAUUGGGAUUUCUGGGGACAAAUAAUUUCUGACUAUGAAACGGUUGCAAGGACUCAACCGCGUCAACUAUCAAAAAUGAUUCAGAAAGGAAUUCCACAAACUUUGCGUGGUAUGAUAUGGCAACUUAUGUCAAAAUCAAAAGAUAGUGAGUUAGAGUCAACCUAUGCUCAAUUGCUAAAGGAAACGAGUCCUCAUGAAAAAAUGAUCAUGAGAGAUUUGAAUAGGACUUUUCCUAAGCACAAAUAUUUUCAGGAUCAAGACGGUAUAGGCCAAGAAGGAUUAUUUAAUGUAGUAAAGGCAUAUUCGCUUUAUGAUACGGAUGUUGGAUAUUGUCAAGGAAUUUCCUUUGUUGUUGGACCUUUACUUUUAAAUAUGCCUGAUGAAGAAGCAUUUUGUGUACUUGUUAGAUUAAUGAAAUUUUAUAAUAUGAGAGGCCAUUUCUUGCCUGGCAUGGAUGGUUUACAACUUCGCCUUUUUCAAUUUGAUCGACUGGUUGAAGAAAUGCUACCUAAAGUUCAUAGUCACUUACAAGUGCAGGGAAUAAAUUCUUCAAUGUAUGCUUCACAAUGGUUCAUGACACUUUUUGCAUAUAAAUUCCCUUUAUCUUUAGUUUUUAGAAUAUAUGAUACUAUUUUCACUGAAGGAAUUGAAGCUAUAUUCCGAUUUAGUAUUGCACUUUUAAAGAAAAAUGAAAAAAGAAUCGUAGAAAUGGAAUUUGAAACGGUUUUAGAAUAUUUAAAAAGUGGAUUAUUUGAAAAUUAUCAGAUUACACAUACUGGAGUUCUUGCUCAAUUAGUUAACGAGACGCAAUAUCACACUAAUGAUUUCGUUAAGGAUGCAUAUAAUAUACGGAUUACCACCCGAAAAUUAAAUAAAUAUCAACAAGCAUAUUAUGCACAACAAGAAGCUGAAAAAAGAAAAGUAUUAGCAGAAGCCGAAACGACAGAUAAAUUACGAUCAAGCAAUAAUCAAUUAUCAAGUCAUGUUAAACAUUUAGAAGGUAGUUUACAAACACUCAAUCGAGAGCAUGUUGAAUUAGCUAAUGAGUUAGUUAAUACUAAAGUGGAAUUAGCAAAAGUACAAAAUGAAAAUGAUGAAUUACAUUCAAUAGUUGCAGAAUUGCGUAAAACCAUUGAAAUUCAACCAGUAGAAAUUGAAGACAAAUUACGAGAAGAAAUGAAUGUUUUAGCAGAAAAAAAUGUUACUCUCGUUCAAAGUAAUAAUAAUUUAGAAGAUCAAUUAUCAAAUUUAGAAAAUAUUAUUUCGGCGGCCCUACUGGAGACUGCAGCCGAAGCUGGUGCCCACAGGCUUGGAAAAGCGUCUAUGCAUCCCUCGCAUAGCACCAUGCCGUCCCAACCAGCUCUACCGGAGACUACCAGUUAG